AUGAGCCUCCCUCCACCGUCCGAGAACCAGGCGUAUUGCACGGUGUCUGUUCUCCGUGCUGGAUUUGCACAGCUGCCCCUGGCCCGGAUCCUUGACAGCGUCACGGACCCCAGCGAGAUGAUCCGCGCCCCGUGCCUCUCCUUCCUGCUGCGCCACUCCGUGAGUGGCGACACAUUCGUCUUUGACCUCGGCCUUCGCAAGGACUGGGAGACGGGCCUGCCGCCCACGCAGGCGGCGAUCAUCAAGCAGUACUUCACGGUCGACAUCCCAGAGGACGUCGCCGACUCGCUGCAAAAGGGCGGGCUCGCGCCGGAGCAGAUCGCGCACGUCUGCAUCUCGCAUAUGCACUUUGACCACAUCGGGGACACCGCGCCGUUCACGCGCGCGACGUUCGUCGUCGGCGCAGAGACGCGCGCGCUGCACACGCCGGGGUACCCCGCAGACCCCAACGGAUUCGUGCGCUCGGAUGUGCUUCCGGCCGGGCGGACGCGGUACCUGGAGCGCACGGAGAUGCGCACGCCGGUCGGGCCGUUCCCGCACGCGUACGACUGGUACGGCGACGGGAGCCUGUACCUCGUCGACGCACCGGGGCACCUCCCGGGGCAGCUCACCGCGCUCGUGCGCACGUCGGCGGACGGCGGGUGGGUGUUCCUCGUCGCGGACGCGGCGCACGACUGGCGGCUGAUCGCGGGCGAGGCGGGCAUUGCGGACAGCGAGCAUUUGGGGUGCAUGCACCAGGACAAGGCGACGGCGGCGGCGACGAUUGGAAAGAUCCAGGAAGUCGCGCAGAACCCGCGCGUGCGGGUGUUGUUGGCGCACGAUACGCGGUGGUAUGAGGCGAAUAAAGAUGGGAACGCGUUUUGGCCCGGGAGUCUCGAGUCGCUUUGA